CGCUCAUCGCCGCUUCCUCUUCUUCGUGGCUUUUUAUUUCAGUCUUUGUUGACAGCCCGCAGGAAACUGUGUUUUACUCAAACCCCAUUUAUUCGUCUUUUUACAACUAAAUCACAAACUUUGCCAUCAGUCUGAACCCGCUUUCCAUGACAGGGAUGGAGGAAUACCACAGCAGCAACGAGAGCACUUUCCACUCUGAAGAGGCUGACAGCAUUGUGAAAGAGUGCAUCGAGAGCGUGGUGGGCAAUGACGACUACAGCCAGAGUCUGGUGAACAAAUGGACCGCCGGCAUCGUGGAGCGCUGCCUCACACAGCUGGUCAAACAGGGGAAGCCCUACAAGUACAUCGUGACAUGUGCGGUGAUGCAGAAAACAGGAGCUGGGCUCCACACCGCUAACUCCUGCUACUGGGACACCACCAUGGAUGGAAGCAGCACCGUGAGAUGGGAGAACCGCACCAUGUACUGUGUGGUCAGUGUGUUCGCUGUGGCUAUCGCAUAGGACACACACCAUUACUCACACACACACACAGGGAACAGCAGGGUGGGACAGUGCCAUGUGUACACCUGCAGCUUGACUUUUAACCACUAAAGGAAGAGCUGCAGAAAAUCAACCUGUGUUCCAGCCUCCAGAUGCAUGCAGACAUCAGCUCGUAUUUACCCUCUCCUGUCACUGCUUCAGUAGCCUCACCUUUAGCAGCAGCCGUUAGCAUUCCUGAUGUUGAUUAUCAUGUCAACAAGUGACAUGGUUUUAUACUCGCGGCUCAUUUUGCUGCUGGAAAAUAAACAUGAAGACAUUUAUGA